GGAUCUAACUUAUGAUUUUCUCACUCUGGAAAGAACCGUCCCUUCAAUAUGAAGUUCAUACUGCUAUGUCCUGCAGUUUUGCUCCUACUGGCUGCUCCGGCCAAAACGUUACCAACUGCUUUAGCCAAAAGCAGAAUUACAUAUAUCUACACGAUACCGGCGCCAUCGCCAGACAAAGGGGACAAGGGGGACAAAGAAGCUCCCACACCAAAUCCCGAAAUCGUCCAUUUGCAGAAAAGGCUCGAUGAGGCGGAGGUUGAGAGCAACACCUUAAAAAAACAGAAUACGAUUCUGGAGGAUAUGUUAGAGUGGACGCAGUCCAAAAUGGCCAAGCUCGUACAGGAGAAAGCAGACUUGUCUUUAGACCUUAAGAAUACCAAACUCGAGCUCCACAAGGCUGAAUACAAACUGAAAAAGCAAGGCAAAACCGAUCGACCAGGAAAUUCAUAGAUAGUUGGACGAGAGGAAAAGCGAAAUUAAGAGUUCCAAUAGGGAGAAGUACGAUACCUUGCUCAAAGACCUGCGGUAGACGAUCAAACAGGAAUCAAAACGUGUUAAUGACCCACUCAAAAAAUAUUCCCCUAAGCCAUACAUAUCCACUCAUAGAAAUGCCAAUAAAAUUCGGAUAGCUAUGGAUAGUUCGAAUA